AUGGCUGACGACAAGGCCGCCGGCGCGCCCGCGCUGGACACCAACAUCGAGUCGGGCAACUUCGACGAGAAGCGCGCGCAGCAGCAGCACCAGCAGCAGCAGGCCCCUCCCAAGAAGGUCGAGGCCGCCGGCUCUGCCGACGACGACGACGAUGAGGACAUUGACGCCCUGAUCGAAGACCUCGAGUCCCAGGAUGGCCACGGCGCCUUCGAUGAGGAGGAGGAGGAGGGCACCCCCGGUGGCGGCCGCGUCGUCCCCGAGGACAUGCUCCAGACGGACAGCCGCGUUGGUCUGACCGAGUCCGAGGUCGUCGCCCGCCGCCGCAAGUACGGUCUCAACCAGAUGAAGGAGGAGAAGGAGAACCUGAUUCUCAAGUUCUUCUCCUACUUUGUCGGCCCUAUCCAGUUCGUCAUGGAGGCUGCCGCCGUCCUCGCUGCCGGUCUCGAGGACUGGGUCGAUUUCGGUGUCAUCUGCGGUCUUCUCCUGCUCAACGCCUGCGUUGGUUUCAUCCAGGAGUUCCAGGCUGGUUCCAUUGUCGAAGAGUUGAAGAAGACCCUCGCUCUCAAGGCUGUCGUUCUCCGUGACGGCACCCUCAAGGAGGUCGAGGCCCCCGAGGUCGUUCCUGGCGAUAUCCUGCAGGUUGAGGAAGGUACCAUUAUCCCCGCUGAUGGCCGCAUCGUCACCGAGGAUGCCUUCCUCCAGGUCGACCAGUCCGCCAUCACUGGUGAGUCGCUCGCUGUCGACAAGCACAAGGGCGACAACUGCUUCGCUUCCUCCGCUGUCAAGCGUGGUGAGGCCUUUGUCGUCGUCACCGCCACUGGUGACAACACCUUUGUCGGCCGCGCCGCCGCCCUCGUCUCUCAGUCCGCUGGCGGCACCGGUCACUUCACUGAGGUGCUCAACGGCAUCGGCACCAUCCUGCUCAUCCUGGUCAUCGUCACCCUCCUGGUCGUCUGGGUCUCGUCCUUCUACCGCUCCAACCCCAUUGUCGACAUCCUGCGCUUCACCCUCGCCAUCACCAUUGUCGGUGUCCCCGUCGGUCUUCCUGCCGUCGUCACCACCACCAUGGCCGUCGGUGCCGCCUACCUCGCCAAGAAGCAGGCCAUCGUCCAGAAGCUGUCCGCCAUUGAGUCGCUGGCCGGUGUCGAGAUUCUCUGCUCCGACAAGACCGGUACCCUGACCAAGAACAAGCUCUCCCUCUCCGAGCCCUUCACCGUCCAGGGUGUCGACCCCGAUGAUCUCAUGCUCACUGCCUGCCUGGCCGCUUCCCGCAAGAAGAAGGGUAUCGACGCCAUCGACAAGGCUUUCCUCAAGGCCCUCAAGUACUACCCCCGCGCCAAGAGUGUUCUUUCCAAGUACAAGGUCCUCGACUUCCACCCCUUCGACCCCGUCUCCAAGAAGGUCCAGGCCGUCGUCGAGUCCCCCCAGGGCGAGCGCAUCACCUGCGUCAAGGGCGCCCCCCUCUUCGUCCUCAAGACCGUCGAGGAGGACCACCCCAUCCCCGAUGCCGUCGACAAGGCCUACAAGAACUGCGUCGCCGAGUUCGCCACUCGCGGCUUCCGUUCCCUCGGUGUUGCCCGCAAGCGCGGUGAGGGCGCCUGGGAGAUCCUCGGCAUCAUGCCGUGCAGCGACCCCCCGCGCCACGAUACCGCCCGCACUAUCAACGAAGCCAAGCGUCUCGGUCUCUCCAUCAAGAUGCUCACGGGCGACGCCGUCGGCAUUGCCCGCGAGACUUCCCGCCAGCUCGGUCUCGGUACCAACGUCUACAACGCCGAGCGUCUCGGUCUCGGUGGUGGUGGCGACAUGCCCGGCUCCGAGGUCUACGACUUCGUCGAGGCCGCCGAUGGCUUCGCCGAGGUCUUCCCCCAGCACAAAUAUAGCGUGGUCGAAAUCCUCCAGCAAAGAGGUUACUUGGUAGCAAUGACUGGCGAUGGUGUGAAUGAUGCGCCGUCGUUGAAGAAGGCCGACACUGGUAUCGCUGUGGAGGGUGCGUCGGACGCGGCGCGAUCGGCCGCCGACAUUGUUUUCCUUGCUCCGGGCCUGGGCGCGAUUAUCGACGCCCUCAAGACUUCGCGCCAGAUUUUCCACCGCAUGUACGCGUACGUUGUGUACCGUAUCGCGCUGUCGCUGCACAUGGAGAUCUUCCUUGGUCUGUGGAUCGCGAUCCUGAACCGCAGCUUGAACAUCGAGCUGGUGGUCUUCAUUGCCAUUUUCGCCGAUAUCGCUACGCUGGCCAUUGCCUACGACAACGCUCCUUUCUCGCAGACGCCCGUCAAGUGGAACCUGCCCAAGCUCUGGGGAAUGUCGGUGCUGCUCGGUGUCGUCCUGGCCAUCGGUACCUGGAUUGCGCUCACGACCAUGUACGCUGGCGGCUCUGACGGCGGUAUUGUCCAGAACUUCGGUAACAUUGACGAGGUGCUCUUCCUUGAGAUCUCGCUCACUGAGAACUGGCUGAUCUUCAUCACGCGUGCCAACGGUCCCUUCUGGUCGUCGAUCCCCUCGUGGCAGCUCAGCGGUGCCAUCCUGGUUGUGGACAUCAUCGCGACGCUGUUCUGUAUCUUCGGCUGGUUCCAGCACGGCGAGCAGACGAGCAUUGUCGCCGUUGUCCGUAUCUGGAUCUUCUCGUUCGGUAUCUUCUCCAUCAUGGGUGGUCUCUACUACUUCAUGCAGGGCUCUGCUGGCUUUGACAACCUCAUGCACGGCAAGUCGCCCAAGCGCAACCAGAAGCAGCGCUCGCUGGAAGACUUUGUUGUCUCCCUCCAGCGUGUGUCCACCCAGCACGAGAAGUCGCAGUAA